AUGGCUGAUUCCCCAGCCAAGGCCGACGGCGGCAGCGAGCGGAGGCCCGCGGGCUACAAGUCGUGGAAGAAGAAGUACCGGAAGAUGCGUAUCGUGUUUGACCAGAAGAUGCACGAGUGCGAGGAGCUACACAAACAAGAGGCCAAAGCCGCGUCCACGGUAAAGCGCCUGGCCAUAGAGAACGACCGACUACUAGAUCUCCUCGUAGAGGUCAACAACUCUCCACAGAUCCCUCCAGAGCGACGGAUAGACCUCGCCCUUGAGCCUCCCUCCGAUGAGAGCGCCCCCUGCCUGCCGAUAGACCGCGAACGCCAGUCACACAAGGACGAAGCCAUGAAGAAGCUCAACAAGCUGCUCGACAUGCCCCAUCCGACCUACGGCUCUGCCAAAGAGUCAAACUCGACGUUCCUCGCCGAUCUGAGCACUCUCGAUGGCGAGUCCCACCCCGCACACUUCCUCUCCGCCGACGACGUCGACGACUACAUCUACCUAAUCGACACCGGCCUCGACCCAGACUCAGCCUUGCCCACGAUGGCGCCGCUCGCCCACCCAGCCGCCAACGCCCCUUCAAACCCGCAAGCCAAGAAUCCCACUAGCGUCACGAACUGGCUACGGAAGCACGCCCCAAAGAUCUUCCUUCAAGACGGAGAAACACACGGCGAUGCUGAUGAUGAAGCGGGCGCAGGCACAGGGCCCGGCAGCGGCCACUCCAGCGCGCGAAAGCCACGCGGCAGCGCAAAGGGUGAGCGUGGCGGCGGCAAAGCCAGCGGCGGCAAGAGCAAGAAGACGGGCGCGGCAUCGCGGAUCAGCGCGGCCGAGCGUGGAGACGCAGAUGCCAGCAUGGACGACGAUGGCGAGUUCGCGGCGACGCCCGUAACGGCGCGCAGUAAGCGGAAGAGGGAUGAUGAUACCGGCUACAAGCCUAGGGGGUCUUCGAGCCGGCCGACAAAGAAGAAGCGGAAGAGCGACGUCGAAGCGACGCCUACGGUGCGCAAGUCCAAGAAGGAGGCCGCGGCUAACAAGGACGAUUAG